GUGAAUCUCUCAUAGUACAGAUCCCAUACUGCACUAUGUAAGGUUCCAUAGAACGCACUACGAAUUAGCCUGAAUUGUAUGUUAAAUACGAGUUUCUUAUAGCACGGUUCCCAUACUGCACGGUACGCACUUGCCGCGUAAAGCGAGGGUUUACUGUAUCUGGAGUUAUCCAUUGAGACGCCAAUAUUCACAACAACAGUGUAUUAUAAAAUAUGCUAUUGAGGUAUCCUAUUCGAAAAUAUGAACUACUUAGAGAAAAGGACCCGGGUUCUAUACAAAUAGGCUUCAGCGGUGACGAAGCAGUCAUUGCCACAAACAAUGAUGCUAGCGAGUGCAAGAAAUGUGCUGUGAAUUUAGGAUAUUGGGACGACAAGUAUAUAUCAUAUUUUGUUAAGAAUUGCGAGAGGAAGGCUCCAGAAAUUAAUAGAGGUUAUUAUGCUAGAGUCAAAGGUGUUGAAUUGUUCAUUGACAAAUUUUUAAAAAAGAGUGGUUGCAAAAGCCAAAUUAUUAAUCUUGGCUGUGGUUUUGACACUUUGUACUGGAGGCUGAAAGAUGUCAAUCAGAAAAUUCAUAACUUUAUAGAAAUUGACUUUCCGACAGUCACGUCUAGAAAGUGUUAUGCUAUAAAGCGAAAUAAAGUUCUUCUUGAAAAAAUUCAUGGUGAAGAUGGUGAAAUAAAAUUGAGUACUACUGAUUUACAUGCAAGUAAUUAUCAUCUUAUCGGACUGGAUUUGAGGAAUAUCACUGAUAUAGAAAAUAAAUUAAAUCAAGCUGAGGUUAAUUAUGAACUUCCUACAUUAUUCAUUGCAGAAUGUGUAUUGGUUUAUAUAGAUUUACAACAUAGUCAAAAAAUGCUCAAUUUAUUUGCUUCCAGGUUUAAGUCUGCUUUAUUUAUUAAUUACGAACAGGUGAAUAUGAAUGAUAGAUUUGGAAAUGUAAUGCUAUCUAAUUUAGCAUCUCGAGGUUGUUGUCUGGAUGGUGUCAGUGCUUGCGCUAAUAUUGAAACUCAUCAACAAAGAUUUCUAGAUGCUGGUUGGCUGGGAUGCCACAGCUGGGAUAUGGUAAAGAUUUAUAAUAUGUUAUCCUCAGCUGAACGAGAAAGGAUAGAGCAUAUAGAAAUGCUAGAUGAAGGAGAACUUCUUACUCAAUUGUUCCAACACUAUUGCAUCUCUGUGGCUUGGAAUGGCCAACUAUUUGCAAGUGAAGAAUUCCUUUAAAUAUAUAUAUAUUUAUAUAUAGGUCGUGAAAUAUUUA